GGGAAAUUUUGCACAAGCCAAGCGCACGCGGCAGCGGAAAAUCGGAAAACCCCAUUGCCAGCCAGACAGCCGACAGGCGACGAAGUGAAAAGUCGCAAUUGUUUCGCUGCUCGCCGUCAGUUAGCCGUGAAUCCUCGAACAGAACGGACGCGUGUCCUCCUUGUCGAGCGGAAUUUGAAUCGUGAUUCCACCACCAAAAAGACGUGAUUGUAGGCGGGCGGAAACUAAACUGAAAGUUUCGAAAUUACUAAGCCCAAAUAAAAUUUAGAAAACGUUAAAUUUCACUCUGUUUGACGAAGGGCAACGAAUUCUUUUGGAUUUCGUAAAAAUGAGAAAAUGACAGCAAAACGUGAUAAGGAUUACUCAAAAAAUAAAUCAGCACCUGGCAUCGGAUUCACCGCCGCCGGCUCAACCAAUGGCAGCGGCAUAAAGUCCAUCGGGCUGGUGAGCUCCACGCAGAAUGUGACUUCGUCGCAGGACAUCAGCAAGCGGACAAACAAACCACUCAUGGAGAAGCGACGGCGGGCGCGAAUUAACCAGAGCCUGGCCAUCCUGAAGGCCCUCAUCCUCGAGUCCACCAAGAGCCAAAAUGCCAAGAACGGCGAGGGCCAGGCGAAGCACACCAAGCUAGAGAAGGCGGACAUCCUGGAGCUAACCGUCCGCCACUUUCAGCGGCACCGCAAUCUCGACGAUCCCACGGUUAACAAAUACCGAGCUGGUUACACGGACUGCGCUCGCGAGGUGGCUCGUUAUCUGGCCACCCCGGAACCGCCGCCCAUGGGCACCAUGCCAACCUUGGCGGAGCCCGGCUCCAAGGCGCGUCUGCUGCGGCACCUGGACCAGUGCAUAGCCGAGAUCGACGUGGAGAUCUGUCCCCAUUCGACGGCCGCGUUUGCCGAAAGUCCCAGCAGUAGCAGCUGCUUCGACCUGAAUCACGCGAAGAAGUCGCAGCCCGAGGAGCAUUCGCUGGACUACAGCAGCCAGGACUCGAACCCGGUGGACUACAGCAAGGGUCUGAAAAUGGUGGCCGCUGAGCAGAGGGCGCUGCCAGUGACGCCGGCUCCCCAGGAUGAGAACAACAAUCGUGGACUCCAGGCGCAGGCGCAAACUCCGAUUCCAAUACAGGUGCAAAGCCAGACACAAGGCCAGACAUCGCCUCACGUAGAUGCCGUCGCUCCCAGCGAACUGAGCUACGAGGAGGAUCGCAACAAGGUGUGCGCCAAUGUCCUGGAGCAGUACAAGCAGCAGCUGAAGGCGCACGUGCAGCAGCAACCAGAGUCCACCAAUGGAGUCCUGGUCCUGCCGCCCCACUAUGUCCAGCUGGCAGCGGCCCUUGGCCUUAGUGCCCAGCCGCUGGUGGAUCCGAUUGCCACACGUACGGAUUUCGAGCGGUUGAUCGAGUUGCAACGGGUUCAGCCACAUUUGGCCGGCAAGUUGAGUCCCAGUUUUCCGGGCGGCUUGGAGGCUGCUCAUGUGGCUGCCGCCGCAGCGGCAUAUGCCAACAGCAUGGCUGUGGCCGCUUCAGCAGGAGCCUCAGUUGCCGCAAUGGCUACUUCCGGUGCCGGAACGCCAACGGUGCACCAAGAGAGACCUGCCUCGGUGGCAGCGUCUGUCAGUUCCGGCGUCUCGAUGUCGGAACUGAAGUCCAUGCCCGCCACGCAGCAAUCCUCACCAAGAUCCGAGAGUGGCAUCGGUUCCAAUGAGAACGAGGCUCCGGCGACCAGUCCGCGACCCCAGACAAGCAACGCCGCUCGUCAGGCUCUAAGGCAACGUCAGGAGGAGGAGUAUCACUACAUGGCUCAGGCGGCAGCUGCUGCAGCAGCAGCUGGACAGGAUGAGAGCAUGUGGCGGCCCUGGUGAGCCGUUCGGUCAGAGAUCCUACGUACUAAGUAUGUAGACUCCACCAGUUAGUUGGGGGAGAACCAGCCGGCAGCCGGCGGUUUGCUGCCCCCACUGAUCGCCAAGUAGAGGAUGACACCUAUUGUUAUUACCGCUCGUCUGUGUAGCUCCUGCACCUCUCCGAAUUGCAUUUCCAACCUGUGCCAACGCCCAAGACUCUACAAGAUGGGUUCCAGAGCCAAGUAGAGCUACCCUUUCAUUUAUGUGUGCAUUUGUUUUUGCCCUGAACUCUGCGUUAAAUGUAUUUAAUUCAAUAACUAAAGCAAAAAUAUUUACAAAA